UACUGAUAUUAUCAACGCCGACUCUCCCAUCCUGAUUGCCUACUACCGCAUCUCAAAAUCAUGCAUCUAUCCGCGUCGAACUAUAGCCACGAUAACUUUGACGACAGAUGCCCUCUGUUUGACCGUCCAGAACCGGCUUGUCUUUGUUGUAACAAAGAAGCCAACCAACAAUAUUGCUCUUCGAUUGUGACCUAAUCAUACACAAAACACAUUCAAGUUAAUUAGUGCUUGUAUUUGGGUGAGGAAAGAGCGGAGACAAAAAAAGAUGGCCGUAUUCACUCGCUCACUAAAUUCAACAAUCAGUCUGACCCGAGCUCUGGGAUGUCCGGCGGGCCUAAACCGGAUUUCGAUCAUUAGUGCCACAACGCGAAACGAACCGCGCAAUUAUUUACAUUGUCCAAGGUCUAGAAGACAAGGCCCGAAUACGUUACGGUUAAAGCGCGUCCUCCGUUCUACCGACCCAAACAUCAAACAAGAAACAUGCUUAAAUAAUGACAACUCGUGCGUACGUAAACGUAGUAGAAACAUGUCUUCUCAGCUGAUUGAUCAACUAGACAAAGUCGAUCCUGAGAUCGACGAUCUCAUUAAAAAAGAGAAGAGUCGUCAAUUGCGUGGGCUGGAAAUGAUCGCUUCGGAGAACUUCACCUCGCUUGCUGUUAUACAGUGCCUAGGCAGUUGCCUCACUAACAAAUAUUCGGAAGGAUAUCCAGGCCAACGUUACUACGGAGGCAACGAGUAUAUUGAUGAAAUUGAAUUGCUUUGUCAGAAAAGAGCUCUUGAGGUUUACGGAUUAGACCCUGCUGAGUGGGGGGUCAAUGUCCAACCAUAUUCCGGAUCACCUGCCAAUUUUGAGGUUUACGCUGCCGUUGUAGAACCGCACGGUAGAAUCAUGGGUUUGGAUUUGCCUGACGGUGGUCACUUGACCCAUGGAUUUUUCACCGUAAAAAAAAAGAUCUCAGCCACGUCUAUCUUUUUCGAGUCAAUGCCGUACAAGUCGGAUCCCACCACUGGUUUAAUCGAUUAUGACAUGCUCGCGAAGACCGCUAAUCUUUUUAAACCAAGACUUAUUAUUGCCGGCAUCUCUUGCUACCCCCGUCAUCUUGAUUAUGAACGUUUCCGUAAAAUUGCUAACUCUGUCGGCGCAUACCUAAUGGCCGAUAUGGCUCACGUCAGCGGUUUAGUCGCUGCCAAGAUGGCUCCCAGCCCCUUCGAGUACUGCGAUAUCGUUACGUCGACGACACACAAAACCCUUCGUGGGCCACGCUCCGGCAUAAUCUUCUACCGCAAGGGUAUUCGUAGCACUGACGCCAAAGGAAAAAGCAUAAUGUAUGAUUUGGAGGAACGCGUCAAACAGACAGUCUUCCCCGGACUCCAGGGCGGUCCUCACAACAACGUGAUUGCUGGUGUAGCAGUGGCUCUUAAACUGGCGGCGAGACCCGAGUUCUACGACUACCAGCGGCAAGUGGUGUCAAACGCUCGAACACUCGCUAAGGAGCUUGUAGCUCGAGGUUACAAAGUUGUCACAGGUGGGACGGAUAAUCACAUUGUAUGGGUUGAUCUCCGCCCUAAAGGCUUAAAUGGCGCAAACGCCGAGCGAAUCCUCGAGCUUAUCUCGAUCGCCUGCAACAAGAAUACAGUGCCGGGCGACAAAUCCGCCCUCAACCCUGGAGGUGUGCGACUUGGCACUCCUGCCCUCACCACCCGCGGUUUGAAGGACAACGAUAUGAAGCAGGUUGCCAAAUUCAUCGACGAAGGGAUCACAAUCGCGUUAGAAAUUAAGACUGCCAACAACGGAACCCUGCUCAAGGAUACGUUUAAUCAGGAGCCGUUCAAAUCGACAAUUCUCGCUAAACAGCAGGAAGUUGAAGCGUACGCCUCAAAGUUUUUCAUGCCCGGUAUACCUGAUAUGUAAAUUCAGAGACAAUGCUCAAUUUAUGAGCGUGCGAGCGGGCACAGGCAUCUUAUAUGCGUGUUGUAAUAUAAGUAUGUUUUGCAUGUAAAUGAUUGGUUGUGGGUGCAUUGCCUGAUAACAUAUAUCUCCAUCAGUACGUUUCAUAUUUUUUCAAAUUAAGAAAGAUGCCCGUCAAAAGUGGUGUUAAAAAUGAUGAUAGUUUACGAGGAUGUGUAUGGACAUGUACAGUCAGCUAUUACUUCUGCAUUUGACCCAAAACACGCUAAUACCAAAGUUAGAUAGACAAAGGGCUGCUGGUUCACGAAUCAGUUGAAACAAGUGUUCAAUCUAUGUAUUUAUAAAAUACUUAUUGGGUUGUACGCGUUAUUGUAAUAACGACGCAGCUUGCGGGAUUACUAUUUCUUGUUUAAAUUCAAUGAAUAAGCUGUACAAAAAGUUCACAAUGAAAAUGACAUAAUGGGGUAACACGGAAGGCCAAAUACAAUAUCAUAGGGUCGUGAUGGUAAAACUAGGUGGUGAGGCAGUUCUACAAAUAAAGCUAACAUUUAAAUACAAACUUAUUGAAAUUUGCGAACUGGCGAAUGAAGGUGUGCUUAUUACAGCCUAUUAAUUAAAACUGCUCAAGAACUUCACGUGAUACUUUGUUUGGCCUUGACUGAAAUAAAAAUACCCAGGCGGUAUCAUUGUCGCAGCCUGCGCACAUCAUUCUUUCAUCGAAAAGUGUAGGACGGCAAGCUGGCAUUAAGGAACCCCAAACUAACCAUAACAGAAAAACAAUAUCUUUACAUAAACCUUUCUUCAUUAUAAAAACUUGAAAAAAUUUGAAAUUUCACUUAAAUAUAUCAUCUAUAAGGUGGACUUUUUUGGCCAACUUCAUGGCAGUCCUUUGAUUCAUCCAGUUUUUAGCUAUUUUUUCGCCUGUAUCGGGCCUUAUCUCUAACAUAAUGGCACGGAUACUUUCGAUAAGUCUUUUCACCGUCGUCGAUUAUUAUGGUACACUUUGCUUUUUGAGUACCUUUACAAAAAAGAAGACAAACGAAGUUACGUUACGUGAUUUGGGGCCUCAUUCAACGUCACCUUGCCUGGAGCUAGCAGCUCACCAGAAUUAUCUUUAGUAACGUAAUUAUGUUAUUGUUUAUGCGGAAGAGACCAUUUUGCUGAAGCCGAUUUGGGUGCAAAAAAGCUUGGGAUCAUCAGAGUGUACACAAGAAAUUAUUAUUUUUUUACACGAUAGAUUGUUUAAGCCACAGUUUUAUUUUCCAUAGUAACCAGAAUUAUAAACUGUGAUGCAAUCAAUACAACAUGAUCUGCAGUCUUUAAUAUUCGUGGCUUACUUUGUAUUACUAUUUGUGCGCUAUUCUAAUGCUUGAUGUCUAAUGCCAAUACGCAGUAGUAGUAGGCUUAUACCAUAAUAUAUAUUUACUUGAAUCCAUUAAAAGGCUUAUAAACGUGAACGUUUGUUUAACGACAAAACUUGA